GCCUCGGGCUGCUCAAGUUACUGGAGUCUCAACAAAAAUGGGAGACACAAGCGCACCUACGCCAAUAUCUGUGCACAGAUGCCGCUUCGUCGACUUCCAGCCUGCUGCAAUCACGGCGCUCAGCUUCGCACCGCUUCCUCUGCCUGCGCCCAGUGCGAAAGGCAAAGAGAAGGCGUCUGCACCACGAUGGAGGGAGAGAUAUCACUUCGGGACUCUAGUCGUGGGCCGCGCGAAUGGUGAUAUUGAGCUGUGCGAAUGGACGGGGGAUCAACAGGUUGAGACGCCGCAGGCAUGGGUAGUGAGGAAGACUUUCCCUGGUCCUCGACCGUCCAAGGUGGAUUCGCUUGCACUUGCAUUACGCUACCCGGAACGCGCGAAACCUGAAGAUGUGCCCACCACAUCCGAGCUGAGGUUAUUCACCGCUGGAGGGGGAACAGACGUGAUCGAAUGGGACAUGAGCUCGGGUAGCAUUUUGCGGACUAUGUCCUCGCAAGGGGGAACCAUCUGGUCCAUGGCCGUCAAUCCUGGUUCUACAAUGCUUGCCUUGGGAUGCGAAGACGGUGCCAUCCGUAUUCUAUCGCUUGAACUUGGCUCCUUACAGCACCAUCGGCGACUCGACCGCGUGAAAACUCGCAUACUCAGCCUUGCAUGGGGUCCACCCAUCGUAAAACGGAACAGCGUAAACGGCUCCGACAGUGAUGAUGAAGAGGAGGAGGAUGAAUGGGCAGACGAGUGGCUCGUUGCGGGUGGGUCUGAUAGUAGCUUGCGGAAAUGGGACCUUGCCUCCGGUCGUGUGGUAGACAGGAUGGGCACAGACAAGAUCAAGGGAGAGCGGACGCUGGUGUGGGCCGUGCAAACGCUCGGGGACGGAACCAUUAUAUCUGGGGACUCUAUGGGCAUGGUCAAAUUUUGGGACUCGAGGACAUGCACGCAACUACAGAGUUUCCCUGCUCAUGGGGCGGACGUGCUCUGUAUGGCUAUCAGCCCUGAGGGCAGCACCGUCUAUACAUCAGGUGUAGACCAGAAAAUCGCUCAGUUCUCCUUAGUCAGGACCGCCUCAACCGGCUCAUCGUUCCUGCACCAGCCUCAAAAAUGGGUUCACACAGUUUCUCGCCGCCUUCACUCUCACGAUGUACGCGCGCUCGCCAUCUGGCCGCCAUAUACCCUCGUACCGCCGUCGCAUCGCCCCGUGUACCCUGUCGGCGUCGCGCCAGUUCUUGUCUCCGGUGGUCUCGAUAUGAACAUGGUACUCACACCUGCCGCCUCGGCGCCGAGCACGUCUGUGGCGAAGAUCAUCAAUCCGUUGUCUACGAGCGUGACGGCGACGUUCGAAGACGCGUAUCAUCGAAGGUUGGCGUACUCCGCUCGGACCGUUUGCGUGGCAAGGCUGGCCAGGCUGGUUGUUUCUGCUAGCGAGUCCGGAGUAUCCAUCUGGAGAGUUCAUCCUCAAAAUUCAACUAGCGAGGAAGAUCCUGCGUAUCUCGAUGGCUUCGACCCUGAAGGCCAGCGCGGUGGCUGGGAAAAGAUUUUGGAGAUGGAAUUGGCCUUUACCACUAACAUCGUGGCAUGCGGGAUUUCGCAAGAUGGUCGAUGGAUCGUUGUGUCCGAUCAUUACGAGACGAAGCUCUUCGCGCUCCAUUCUACAGACGACGGCACCCUCAAACCGAAGCGCGUCCGCGACUUUGCUGCCAUUCUUGUCGAGUCUUUGCCUUCGACGUCGAGAGCUGCACCUUCUACUGGUGGAACGGCGUUUGUGUUCACGCCCGACUCGCUGAAGCUCGUCAUGUCGACAACGAGCGCAUAUAUUUUGAUCAUCGAUUUGUCGUCCGAACGGCCUCGGGUUGUGCGACGAUUCGAACAGCACAGGAUGGAGCACGUUGGCAUAGGGAAAGCCGCGAGGACCAAACAGGGUGGGCACGAGGCUGCUAUGGACGUCGAUGGAGAAGGCUCGGAGGACGAUGAAGAGGAACAGAUUCCGUCAGGCGACGAUGCUGUCGGGAUCAGUGUCUCGAGGAUGUGUGUUAGCACGGACGGGCAGUGGCUUGCCACCACGGAUGACCGGUGUCGCACUUACAUAUUCAACCUGGAUUCCAUACAACACCAUUCUGUGGUCCCAACAAUGCCCCAACCCAUACACGCUAUGGCAUUCAACCCCUCUGCAUCAAGAACAACAACUCUGAUCAUGGCGCUCGCCAAUAACACGAUACAAAUCUACGAUGUGGACGCGCGCGAGUUCCCCAACUGGGCCCGCGAGCUGAGCGCCUCCCUCCCGAAACGCUUUACGGGCAUUCACGACUCCGUCAUCGGCGUUACCUUUGACCCUGCGUCCGCUUCUACGGAGGGUGCGGUCGCGCUGUUCUGGGGCGCGACGUGGAUAUGCAAGGUCCAGCUGGACCGCCCGGCCGGCUGGGGCGGAUUCUCCAGGAAACGAAGGAGAGCACAAAAAGGAGGAGCAAACGAGGCUGGCAUGGUCAUCGCCGACAUCUCCCAGCAGCAGCAGAACUUCAAGGUGGUGACGCAUUACAGGCCGAUAUUGGCGCUUGACUUCUUUGGGCCGCGGGAGAUGGUCGUGGUGGAACGUCCGUUAGUGGAUGUUCUGGCGAGGCUCCCCCCUGCGUAUUUCAGACCAAAGUAUGGUCGGUCAUAGUGGACCUAUGUAACAGCAACUACAUAAAGAUGCAUGAAUCACUUCGUGAGAGACCUUUGAGAUCACGUGGGAUCGUGUGAUGCAGUGAAACGUUCGCGUCUGCGGGCGUUCUGCAUUCACUCGCGUCCCCCUUCUUUGUGCGCACGAACCGUGGGCUGGCGCUUCUCUGGAAAGUCUGCCCGACGACAGCGACGAUGAGCUCAGAUGGAUACUUUGACGAUGAUCUUGACUCAGCGAUCCUCAGGGAGGUCGAUAUCUUGGAAGCCCAGGCCAUGCAGGCCGCGCCCGUCCAGAAUGCUGCUGCGACCUCCCGUCCCAUCGCCCCCGCGCAUGCGCCUCGCCAACAGGACGUUAUUGAGUUAGACUCUGACGACGUGGAUAUGUCGUUUUACGUGGACUCGGCCGAUCUAGAGAGACUGGACGCUAUCGUGGAAGACGCGUACCGAGGCAAAGCACCACCAGCCGCCCGGCCAAGCUUUUCGCGCACGAAUUCUCGGAACGCCGUCCAGACGACCUUAGAUGGUGGCGUUGCCACGUCUUCUACCUUUAAAGCGCCCAGCUCUGUGAACGCAGGGCCUUCCCGAUCUCGCUUGAACCAGCGGAACAACUUUGGUGUCAGCCAUGAAUCACGGAAGGUCAAGACAUGGGACCACAGCAGGUUCGCGAAGAUGGGAUGGAAGAGAUGGAAAUCCGAGGAGGGGCAGGAUAAGGGGAGAGGGAAGGGGAAAGGAAAGAGCGAUGCUUCCGCCGACAAUGACAGGGAAGACGAAGAGGCUAUCGACGAGGAGGAUAUCGAAUUCGAACAGUUCCCUGCCCCGUUUGUUCCAGAAGGCCCCAUACCACCUAUGAAACUCAGCCCCGAGAUCAGUGAAGCCCAGACAUGGGUGUAUCCAUUGAACCGACCUAAGCGUGACUACCAAUUCAACAUCGUCCAGCACUGCUUAUUCGAGAACACGCUCGUCGCGUUGCCG